CGGGUCCGCAGCCUCCCCCUCUCGCAGAUCCCCACCUGCUCCGCCGCCGGCCACCGCGUUGCUCCCCUCGGCAGCCAGGAUGACAGAAGCACCAUUUCUGCCGCGUGAGAGGCUCUUCAAGCAGCAACAUUACUUCCAGAACUUGACCAAGCACACCUACCUGAAAGGGCGCUACGACGUGAUCACAUCUGUCGCCAUCCCCCUUGCACUCGCUGCCUCCAGCAUGUUCAUGAUUGGGCGUGGAGUUUAUAACAUGUCUCAUGGGGUUGGGAAGAAAGAGUGAUCUUCCACUGGUUAACUAUUGUUUCUGCUUGUCAUGGAAGUCAUACCGUCGAGACUGCGAAGUCCUCUUCGCUUGCAAAAUAAUACGGCCAAAUAACAAUUCGACUACAUUUUCGCAU